CUGGAUGAACAAUUCCGCAACCGGUCCUACGUUGACAUUCCGCGCAACGCGUGCGGGAUAAAAUCAGCCACUUGCUUCCACUAGAUGUCUCGAUUGAUCGUUUGACCCUCUGCUUCCCCCGUUUGAACGUUUUACCGGCACGACUAACCCUCAACGACCCUGCAUACUAAUCAGCAAUUAUUGAUCUAACAACUAACCUCGGGUGUUUCAACCGCAGUUUGAAGUGCAUUAGAUUUUGCUGGUGCUGAACGCAAUCCACUUUGAAUCUUCCAGAUUAGUGCACACAAGUAACUUUACCAAGAUUGCCUUUUGUGACACUUUGCAUGCUAAGGGGGUAUUCAAAUUUCAUCUUGAAACAUGUGGCUUAGGCUGGUAAUUAAACGCAACUCUCCUUCGGCACGCGAAACGCAGUUUCCAAUUAAAAAUCUGUCUAACAUAACCCUACCAAGUUGUGAUGCAGCGUUCAACUGCUGAUCCAACUUAAAGUACUACCGUGAUUUUCGCAGCUCAACAGUUCAAGUGAAACAAUGGUGGAGGUAGGGUUUGUGCUGGCUGCAGUUGGAGUCUGGGCAGGUGCGAAUUUCCUCUAUACGAGCGUCAAAUCUGUUCUACAGAUCAUUUGGAGCGUUUGUUUUGGCGAUCGAAGACCCCUUGCGGAACGUUAUGGACCUUGGGCAGUCGUUACGGGAUCAUCCGAUGGUAUCGGCAAAGAGUAUGCCGUCAACCUAGCAAAAUAUGGUCUCAACGUUGUGCUAGUUUCAAGGACUGAAUCGAAGCUAAUCAAUGUGAAGGAGGAGAUCACUUCCCAGUACCCCGUCGAAGUCCGGAUCGUCCCCAUAGACUUUGCCCAAGGUCCAUCCGUGUAUCAAACCAUCGAGAAUGCCCUCGAAGGUCUGGACAUCGGAAUCCUCGUGAACAACGUCGGAAUAGCUCACGAUCAUCCUCGUUACUUAGAAGAAAUCCCCUGGUACCAAAUCGAGCAAACCGUCUCCGUCAACCUCAUCCCCACGGUCAACCUGGUCCACAUGGUGCUCCCCCAAAUGAAAACCCGACGCCGGGGCAUGAUCGUGAACGUAACCUCGGCGGCAGGCAUUUUCCCAGUCCCGCUGGUCUCAACGUACGGUGCAACCAAACAGUUCCUGAACCGAUUCUCCCAAGCGUUGCAAGCGGAACUCGACGGAACCGGCGUCGAGUGCCAGCUCGUUCAUCCGAUGUUUGUCGCGACCAGCCUGAUCCAGCAGUGGGAAUCGCUCGGCAUUUACGGCAUUCUGUCUGCACCGGUAGAACGGUACGGCAGGAUGGCAGUUUGGACGAUCGGGAAGGUCCGCGAGACUACCGGAUAUUGGGCGCAUGGAGUGCAGCUGGUGCUGCUUAAGGUACCGCCGCUGGUUGUUCUGAUGGCUAUAACGGCUUACUUGUUUAGGUACCUGAGGGAUAUGAAAGUUAAUGAGUUGGGAGCAAAAUGAGAGGAAAACUACAUGAUUUGAUAAAAUAAAAAAAUGCUAAAUAAUAAACGUUCCUUGUAUCGACUGUUAUAAGUGGUCUACAGCAAA